AUGGAAAUGAGAGAAGCGGUCAAAGCAAUUCAUGCUUUAACAAAAAACAAAGUUGUUAUAAAUGAGCUUUAUGAUGCGAUGAUGAAGAUUACCGAUCUUGAUGAUGACAUCUUGAAUAAUGUGUUUGAUUAUUUGGUGCGUAAUAAAAGAACGCGCUCUCUGCAGAAACCCAAAAGCACCAGAGACCCAUUACAAAUUUCAACAGGUGUGUUGUUUGAGAUGGAUUCGUCGCAUAAUACGUUGUUGGGGACUGGAGGGAGUGGAGGUAAUGGAAUGUUGGCUACUCCAGUGAAUGAUACAGCUGCAGGGACGGCAAUGGAUGAUCCAAAGCAAAGUUUGAACCAAGUCAUUAAUUCCAUCCAGAAGACUCUUGGUCUACUCCACCAGCUUUACCUCACGGUCUCUUCAUUCAACACUGCUUCACAGCUUCCUCUUCUCCAGCGACUCAAUGGUCUUGUUACUGAGCUGGACACUAUGGUUAAAUUGUCUGAAAAGUGCAACAUUCAAGUUCCUAUGGAGGUCCUGAGUUUGAUUGAUGAUGGAAAGAAUCCAGAUGAAUUCACAAGGGAUGUUAUAAACAGCUGCAUUGCUAAAAAUCAAGUCACCAAAGGCAAAACUGAUGCCUUCAAGAGUUUGCGCAAGCAUCUUCUGGAGGAACUUGAGCAGACUUUUCCAGAUGAAGUCGAAUCAUAUAGGGAGAUACGCGCAAUGUCUGCUGCUGAAGCAAAACGGCUUGCUCAAGCACAAAGCUCAUUACCCAAUGGCGAUGUGAAGGUUAAACCGGAGCUUUAA